AUGUCCAACCACUCUUUCGGCUCACCACCUCCAUUCGGAGAUGCUAAUUUCGCAGCGAUGUUCGGCGUCCCGGCAGCCCCAGCGCAAGACCCUCCCAUGCUCAACUACAGAGGUCAUGCUCUUCACCACACUUUCGACCUUCGAAGCAGGAUGAAGAUAUCCAGAGAGAAGCCUAUGAUCGGCACUUUCUUCGCUGCUUUCCCUCAUCCAGCCUUGGCAAGAAUGGUUGGACAGGCUGGGUAUGAUUAUGUCUUAUUGGAUUGGGAACAUACCCCUUUUAGUCGUACUGCUGUGGUUGUUCGAGUACCUGUCCUUGAUCACCAAUAUGCCGCUUGGGAUGCUGGUGCUUCUGGGAUCAUCUUCCCCCACAUCUCUACGGUCGCGCAAGCCCAACAAGCCGUAGAAGCAUGUCGAUUCCCUCCAAUCGGAAAACGAUCCGGUCCGCCCAACGCCAUGCAAUUCGGCUACAACGACGGUGCUCCCAACGGUGGAAGUGUCUUUGAGAUCUGGGGAAAAGCAGCUAUAAUCUUGCAAAUUGAGGACGAGGAAGGUGCUGAGAACGCUGAUGCUCUGGCUGCGUUGGAGGAAGUUGACGGGCUUAUGGUUGGACCUGGUGACCUGGCUUUAUCGCUUGGUCUAUCGUUCGGCAACAUGGCACAAGAUGAGAGAUGGUUAUCAUCCGUCGGUAACAUCCUUACUGCUGCGCAAAAGCAUAACAAAGCUUCUCUCAUGCCCGGUAUGACUUCCCAUCAAAUCGGUGCCAAUCUCCGGAAUGGCGUUACCAUGCUUUGUGCCUCCAAUGAUUCCAUGAUCAUGGCUGUUGGACUCAGGAAAGAACUCGUAUCUGCUCAUGAACAACUCGACGCCUGGAAGAAAGAGAAACAAACUGCCUCGAAAUGA